AAAUUCGGUUGGGAGCAAGAACUCAGUCCUUAAAUCUCAGAAAUGAAUGGAGUUUCUUUGGAUUUCGAGAACCAGAUUGGCGACGCCAUUUCCAGAAUCCGAUUUGCUCCAAAUUCAAAUAAUCUCCUAAUUUCUUCAUGGGAUACUUGUCUUCGAUUGUAUGAUGUGGAUAGUUCUCUGGUUAGAUUAGUGUCUCCCACGGAAGCUGCACUUCUUGAUUGUUGUUUCCAAAAAGACCACGGGGCCUUUAGUGUUGGCUCUGAUGGUUCAAUUAGAAGGUGUGACUUGAAUUCGGGAAUGCAUGACACAAUUGGAUAUCAUGAUGAUAUUGCAACAUGUCUUCAGUAUUCAGAUGAAUCUGGGCAGCUACUUACUGCUGGUUUGGAUAAGAAGAUAAUGUCCUGGGACACGCGCAUGGGGAUGUCUUUGGCUUAUCAGAGAAAUUUAGGUGGAGAGGUGGAUUCCAUGUCACUGUCUGGCUUUGAGUUGAUUGUAGCAAUUGGAGCAUCAGUAAAUAUUUACGACUUACGUAACUUAGACAGCUUAGUACUAUCAAAUGAAUCACUAAUGGAUGCCCAAAUAAAAUGUGUCAGUUCAAUUCCUUAUGCCAGAGGAUAUAUAGUUGGAUCAACAGAUGGACGAGUAGCAGUGGGCAUCUCUGAUCCAUCUGAUUCAAAUAACAGCGGGUAUACUUUUCGAUGUCAUCCAAAGUCAAAGAAUGGAAUAUAUCAUGUAGUCUCAGUGAAUGAUAUUGUAUUCAAUCCAUUCAUUGAUGAUCUGUUUUUUACUGGCGAUAAUGAGGGCUAUGUUAUUGCAUGGGAUGCCAAAAAUAAAAGAAGACUAUUUGAGUUACCAGAAUUCCCAAAUAGUGUGGCAUCAUUAUCAUGCAACCAUGGGGGAGAACUUCUUGCUGUUGCAUCAAGCUAUACUUACCAAGAAGCUAUUGAGAAUGUGCAAUUUGCUUCUGCUAGAGAAGAGCCUCCUCAGAUAUUCAUUCACAAAAUGGAUGUUGACCACCUGAGAUCAGCUUCUGUUAGAAGAAUCAUGUCGGACGAGGAGCACCACUUCGAGUCGAAGGCCGACGCUGGCGCUUCCAAGACCUAUCCUCAGCAGGCCGGUACCAUCCGCAAGAACGGAUACAUAGUCAUAAAAAACCGUCCCUGCAAGGUUGUGGAGGUUUCUACUUCCAAAACUGGGAAGCACGGUCAUGCUAAGUGUCACUUUGUUGGAAUUGACAUCUUCAAUGGAAAGAAGCUUGAAGAUAUUGUUCCCUCCUCCCACAACUGUGAUGUUCCACAUGUCAAUCGUACUGACUACCAGCUGAUUGAUAUAUCUGAGGAUGGCUUUGUGAGUCUGCUGACUGAGAAUGGUAACACUAAGGAUGACCUGAGGCUCCCAACUGAUGACAGUCUGCUCGCACAGAUCAAGUCUGGGUUUGAGGAAGGGAAAGAUCUUGUUGUGAGUGUGAUGUCUGCAAUGGGAGAGGAGCAGAUUUGUGCCCUGAAGGACAUUGGUCCCAAAAACUAACCUUGUAUAUUUGAUGUGAGAUGCUGGAGGCCGUAGAACAAAAGAUGGAGGAUAAGAUGGUGUAGCUUAUUGGGGUUUUUGUGGUUUUGAGAUGAAGGGAUCAUAUGCUUAAGAUGAUGCUUGAUUAGUUGUGGCCUCUUAUAAGAUGACUAUGCCAUUUGUUUAUUGGCAUUUAUUUAUAGACAAUAUUUUGUUCUGUUUGAUUAAUUACUGCACUGCUUGACGGUUGAACUGUGGUUUUGUUCUUGGUGUGGAGAAGUUUUAUCCGCCAGCAAGAUCAUAUAUACGCUUUUAAUCAUCUUUUUAAGUUUUUAUUUGCAAUUUACAGUUCCUACUUCCUGAUUUA